CAGGCGUACAAAAACUACCCAUCGCAAUUGAAGUGCAGUGGAAAAAUCUGUCUAAUAUGGUUUUAAGACAGGCAAAAAUAGGGUGUAAUGAGUUGCAAAGUGGUGGAGUGAAGUUUUUUCUCCCUGGCGCAGCCGGCAGCCAUCACUUUCUGAAACCAACAUACUCUACACGCCUAUGGCCGCCUUGGUUCGCUCCUGAGGACUACGCUGGGGGAACUUUUGCUGACGUGGCGACAUAUGUGGGCGCACAUGUCGGCCACGGUGCUCCACCUCUGGCCCAUGUGUCUCCCCAAAAAGCUACAGUCUUUGAGACACACACAAUCUUUUGUCGACGGAUCCCCAUUAAAUCCAACAACGUCAUUCCAUUGUCAACCAUGACGUUCACUGUGUCACAUGCUUCAUACGCCUGA